AGUUUCACUUCCAAAACUGUACCCGUACCGAGCAUCAUGCUGGACAAAUUGCCAUGCGAGAUUCUUUUCUUGAUCGCAAACUUUCUGCCAGCUGCACAUCUGGGCAUUAUGAGUCAAGUCUCGUCCAGACUGUAUACAGCGCUGAUUCCCCUGAUUUAUCGGGCCGUCACUUUCCGCGCCACCAGUGAGUGGGCAUUGAAUGUCCUCGAUGUCGAUUCCUUCUUUCUCCACCAUGGUCGCCCACAGGCAGCCAACCAUCUGCAGCAUAUUAGGCAUCUGCAUUUUUACGCACCAAUCAAUCUCGCUCGGUUCAAUCGGUGUGCAUAUUAUAGCAUAUUCCGCACUGCGGGGCUUUCGCCGUGUUCAUCCACGCUCGGUACAUCCGAUAACACGGUGGCGCACGAACAUUUUCUGGAUGGCAUUACGGAGCAACUCAGGCUUGUUUUUGCUCACCUGAAGCCUGAUAGCCUGCGUACCUUCCAGUGGCGACUAGGCACAUGUCUUCCGAUGGGAGUACUGGACAAGGGGGGUUAUCUCAGUCAACACCAAAGGCGGCUAUCAAGACUGUUGCUGGUUACUGAUGGAACCUGUCCACAAACUUCCAUUGGCUUGGGUGGCCUGUCUGAAUUAUCAUGUUUAACAACACUAGCGUGGGAAGGAAUUCAGCAUCCGAGCGAGAUUGAAUCACUGCGGCAGUGUAUCGAUCGGAACUGGGGUCAUCUGACCGACCUUUCGAUUGGAUUCAUCUCAUCCGCUGCCUCUCGGGCUUUAUGUUGGGAAAUAUUUGGGUUGCACCGGCCAGAAAUCUCGGUUUCUAAAGAUAAAUUCGCUGAACGGUCAAUGUCAUUUUCGCCCCUGUCCGCUCUAUCACUCUCCAAAGUCACUCUUCCAUCAGAACUCUCAUUAUACGGCUCCAUGUUCCGCUCCCUGCGCACAUUGACUUUGCGAGAUUGCUCGAAUCAAGUGCACUUAUUACGAUGGCUGGCUCAGUCACCAGCCUCGCUGCAACUUGAGCAUUUUGAAGCAUGUAUUGACCCCCUAAUAUUCGAGCCAGGCGAAGAUUGUGGUUUUGCCGCACUUGUUGAAUUUCUCUUAUCUUUUCAAGGGCUCAGAGGUCUGCACUUGAAAUUAUCUAAUUUCCCCACCUGGGGACUUGCCCUUCAAGAUGCCAUCCGACACCACCGGAGAACGUUGAAAAACCUCGUCUAUCAUGAGCGACAACUCGAACGAAUCGACGAUGAUGGGUUGUUUGAGAAUGAUCGAGAUGCUCUCCCAUAUUGGAUCUCAAAUCUGUCCGGCGUUGUGGAUUUAAGUCGCAUGACCGCUUUGGCACUUUGCGCGAGCCCAUCCGCAGCACGGCAAUGCUUGGAGCCUGAGGCCAGCAAAUUGCAGCUGCAGGUUUUACACUUACGUUUUAGCGGGCCUGAGAAGAUUCACCGUGAUAUUAAAAGAGAAAUCGAGGCCCUCCUUUAUGAGAGACAUACUAAAUCUAUGUCUUUGCCGCCCAUGAAAGAUUAUGAUGAAUACUCGGCUCUUAUCGGCGAUUAUUUUGAUUUCUUACUACCCAGAAAUUACAGCUUACCUGAAACCACUCUGAAACCUCCGUCCCCUUGUGAAGCUGAAGAAUUCCUGGCCUUUGCUGAAUGGGCUUUUGGCCCGAGCGGCCUACCGAAUCUUCAUGUUCUAGCGUUUGGUGAUUUCUCCCACGAAGAUCGUUAUCCUAAUCAACAGUUCUUGGUGCGACGGGUAGAUUUUGCUGAGUGCAGACAGAAAGAAGUUGGCCGAUCUGCUUUGGAAGAAAUCAGUGGGCCGUCAUUUUGUUCGGCAGAUUUGACAGACCCUUGUGUUUGGAACGAUGUUUCUGUGGACGGAGCUCAGUUCCUUGGUGCAUGUCCUGGGGGUGGCUUGAUGGAAUCGCCUUAUGAUUUCUGA